AUAAUGACAAAGCAGAUAAUAUUAAUUUAAAAUCAUCAUCAUCAUCAUCUGUGACAAUCAAUCAAAAUAAUAAUCAAAUUACUACCACUAUUACAACUAAUAAUAAUAAUAAUUUACAUACGGGUCGUAAACAACGUGGACGUAAACGUAAAUUACCGAUUUCAAAUAGUAAUAAUAAUAAUGAUAAACAUGUUGAUAAUUCUAAUGAUCUCACCAUUAAUACCACCAAUCAAACUAUUACUACUAAUAAUAUAAUAAAAGCUGCCAAUGGUGAUCAUAACAAACAAUUUAAUGUAACAAAAAUACAUAAAUCAACAUUAUCAACAAAUCAUCAAUCAACAAAUGAUCUAAAUUUGAAUAAUAAUGUUAAAAUAUUAGAAAAACCUAUCAUUGAAUCAAUAUCAUCAUCAUCAUCAUCAUCACCAUCAUCAUCGUCGACUUCAUCAUCAGCAUUAUCAUCACCACCGAAAUCUGAAGAAUUAAAUGAUAGAAAUAAUAAAUGUUCGACAAUAAUGAUGCAGAAUGAACAGAAUUAUACACAAUUGAAAAAUAUAAAUAAUGUACAAAAAACAAUAACUACAAAUGGUAAAUCUAUUGUUGGUUCGUCGAUAACAAUUAAAUCCGAAUCAACAGCUAGUGAGGAUAAUAAUGCAAACAAUGUUCAUAAGUCUUCAGGUUUAUUAUUGGGUGGAAAAUUACUUCGAAAUCGAAAUGCAACAUCAUCGACAGCGACGGAGAAAAAAUUAUCAAUUUCAAAUGAUAAUUGUGAUCAACAACAAUCAACAACAGAAACACCGAAAAAAUCGAAUGAAAAUAUUGAUUAUCAAAUUAAUUCGGAUCAUCAGAUAUUGGAUGAUGAUUUAUUAAAUAAAAAUAAUAGUAAUAGUAAUAGCAGUAAUAGUAAUAGUAGUAACAGUAGUAAGACAAAGAAUAAUAAGAUAACCAAAUCAAAAUUACGAUCAUGGUCACAGCAAAUAUGGCAAAAAAAUCUUGCAGCUCUUAGAUCAGUAUCAUCAUCAUCAUCGACGACCACACCACCACCAACAACAAACACUACAAACAUAUUACCAUCAUGUGGUUCAUCCUCUUCCUCUUCAUCAUCAUCGGAUUCGGUUGAUAACCAUCAAUCAGUAAUUGAUAAUGCUGGUGGUGAUAUUACGGAAACAGCUAAAACUGAUGAAACCAAAACAUUAAAAACAACAACAGCAGCAAUUGUUGAUAGUAAAUAUGAAAUACCGGAAGGCAAUUUGAUACGUGUAGAACCACGUCGUGGUAGACCACCGAAAAUUAAACAUCAUACAUCAUCGACAACAACAACAACAACAACUGCCUCCGCCAUUCAACAGCAACAGGUACAAAAAUUGAAUCCAUUUGUUAUAUCAGCAAAAUCAACGAAAAAAUUAACAAACGGUGGUGCUGUAAAUGGUCAUAAAGGUGUUAAUGGAAAUUCAAACAUCAGCAACGUUGGCGGAAAACAAUCUAUUAAACGUGGUAGAGGUCGACCACCAUUAGUUAAACGUGAUCCAAAAUUAGCAGCAGCUGCAUUAUCUAAUCCAAAAAUGUUAUUCAAUAUUGUAAAAUCAUCAACAACAAAUGUAACAUCUUCUAAUAGUACUGCCGCAACCACAGCCGCCGUUGCGGAUAUUCCCGAUCAAUUAUGCUCAACUUUAUCAUCAUCAUCAACAGCCAAUAAUGAUAAACAAAAUUCUAAAGUUUUAAUACAAAAACAAGAAAAUAUUGAUAAUGAUAAUGAUGUUAAGGAUAAUAAUGAAGAAACAAAAUCAAAAAAGAUGAUUACAAAUGGAACAACAACAAUCGAUACUAUUACUAUUGAAAAUGAUAAUAAUCAAACAUUGAUAGUUGCAAAUAAUUCAAUUUCAUCAACUGUAAAUCAUGCUACAAUUUCCACUUAAAAAAUCAUGAUUUGUUUUUUAAAACAUUUAUUCAUUUUUCCCAUGAAUUGAUCCUAAGAUAUAAUUUUUUUGAUGACAAACAGGAGAAUUCAUUACAAGUUGUUUCAUU